UUAUAUCAUCAUUGGCGUUGCAGUGACAAGUCUUCAAUUCGUCGUUGACCUCGAAGUAUCGCCAAGUCUUGGCGAUCGUGGAGACCGGACAAAGGGAGCGAUACGUACAGACAGACGACCUACUUCCCCGCAUUUCUCGUCCUUAUCUACAUAUUCACCUUCAUCAUAUCGCUACAUCGCCACACAAACACCUUGAAUAUCGAUUCAUGAUCACAAGCUAAAGCUGAGAUGGAAUCAUCGACAGACGACUUUGGUGUACAGAGUCUGACGGACAGCAUGCUCGACAGCGACGCCGAGGUGUCGGGAAUGAAAUUGAGCAGCAGUCCAAAGGAUACCAAUAUCGAGGAUGUAGGACAACAGCUACAGACGGCCGAAUUGUCGAGGAGUGGUCAACAAGAAUGCCAACGCCAGCCUGUUCAUAGAGGGAGCCGGGACAGCGAGAUAAGUUCCUCUUCUUCCAGGACGAUCUUGGGUACGACGAUGAAAGCGGAUCGAGAAGGACGAUCCAGGAUCGCACCGGACCUGUCUAAAUUGGACCCAGUGGAAUUCCCUGCAAUCAUACCUCCAGAUCCAUUCACUUCGUAUUCAAAGAUUGAGGAUGAACCGCGCAGUCCUCCAAUUGCCGGUAUCACGAGACCCGCAGGAACCCCUCCUAGGAAAUCUUCCCGCUCUCAAACCCGGAAUUCCUCCCCGCCUCAUGCCUAUCACCAAUAUCACCAUCACCACCCUCAAGAUCAGACCGGUCUAUACUCGUACCCAUCCCCAAACUCGUCGACAUUUUCCAUCCACUCGUCUUUCAUAAGCGUCUCUUCCCUCUCUAGGGGUUCUUCGAGAGGUUCUUCUCCUUUCGAUACGGGCACAGGAACUCCAGCGGAUCAAGAGGGAGAAGAAGGUGAAGCAGAGAAGGACGGGUCGAGUAUCGAGCGGUCACUUGCAGAGGGACAGGAGCAGGGAGAGGGUACGAUAUGGGGACUGCGAUCAGGAACAAGAUCGGGACCGGGAGACGGGGAAGGGAUGACUCGAGGACGCCGAAACAACCAAGAUCGAGAUCGACCGACAAUAGCAGGAGGGCAGGAUGUCUCCCUAGUACUCCCUAGUAUCUCUCUCCCAGGGUCAAUCCAUGCUCGUAGCCUCGAUUUCAGAGCACGCCUGCUUGACCAUGAUACGUCCGGAUUUCCUUUACAGGCUCAUCGAUGGGCAAGGAGCGGGAGUGUCGUGGAGGGGACCCCGUUAGAUAUCGCCCUUAUCGGGAGAGGAGGCUCGUCGAACGCGUUCGUCAACGCUUUAAGGGGAUGUGAGGGGGUUAGGUGUUUCGCGGUCAAUGGGGAAGAAAGGGAAAGGAACGGGUUCGGGAGGGAGGUGGCGGUCUUCGAAGCGGGAGAUGAGGAGGGUGAAGGUCAUGAGGGCAAGUUGGUAGCCCGUUUGACGAUCUUCGACGAUGAAACCGGUGGACAGACUGCAGGCGACCCUCUGGGACAGGCCUUGCACGCGGUAGAACAGUCAUACACCAGGCUCAACAGGCUCUUACGUCAAGAUACCGAGACGCUAUCUUCGGAGCUCGAGAGAGAUGCUUCUCGGCUCAUCGCGAGCUGGAUCGAGAGCCGAAAGAAGCCUGAGGUUGAUGCGCAAAGGAGGGAAGGUGGAGCGAUUUGGUACGAUUUCGUCGUGGUCACUGGGGAGCGGAGGUAUUUGCUAGACCAGGGAUACGAGACGCUGGUCCACCUGAUGUCCGUCGCGCCGGCGGUCUGUUGGCCGACAGAGUUACAGGACGGGCUGGCGAGGCAUAUGCCAUUGCCCUUCUUCAGGUUGAGGGCUUCAGAGGAAAUGGCGCGGUCUCAUGGGGGACCUCCGGAUCCGACACCUCGGUGUCAGGCAAACUCGAACAGGAUCGACAGCUACUUUACACCUACUCGGGAUAGUCCUACAACGGACCACACCGUCGAAGGGCUGGUCGACUUGAUGCUGGCAACAGGGUCGAACGAAAGACCCAUAGAUCGCCAGACGCUGUCUCGACACAAUCUGAGGAGCGUCAGUGUUCAGCAUUUCAUGGCUUGGCAACGCGGUCUCGCGCUCUCGACCGAUUCAGGUGUGGAUCAUCUGUCACCAAAGACAUCGCCUUCACAGCGGAUCCGGCCGUCAGCCAAGCCUUUGGGCAGCUUUGCGCCUGUACCAAACGAGUGGGAAGCGGGUCUAAGCCGGCGACAUGCCGCUCGUAAACGCAACGAGUCGCACCGACACAAGAAGAAGCGCAGUAUCGCUCAUGGUCGGGAAGUGAAACGAGCUCGAAGAGGGGUCAUCUGGGAUGCCUCUUCGACUUCGAGCGAAGUGAGCCCGCUGUCAGAAGAUACCAUACAUACGACAGAGCACCCCCUCAGAAGAGCCGCCGCGGCUGUCAUCGAUGGCUGGCGAUCCGCAGCGGACGAUACGAGAGUGCGCAUACAGAACCCUUGGAAAUGGAUCGGUUGGACUUGUCUGGGAUUAGCGGCUGGAUUAGGCUGUGCCAUGCUGGUAAAGGGGUUGAAACAUCAGUCGAUGCUUUUGUAGCUAAUAAUGAGGCCGAGGAGAUCGUUGUAUCAAGUCUGCGUUGUAUCGUCUUGCGCUUAGUCGAUCUGUACCGAGGUUUCAUUCAUGUGUCACGUAUUCAAACGGCGCUGACGGAGCUAUGUUUCUCGGCUACAGGAUCUGGAAGUCGGUUAUGCAAGAUGUAAUCUAUGAUGUCUCGAGCGAGAUGACGGUAGAUGUGCAUUGGUCCUUCUUUUGGACACAUCGCGUUGGCCAGUCUGUUCUUGAAAUCUUCUUCUCCAUACAGUUGUUGAUGCCAUUUGAUCGCGCACCUCAAAGAGAGGUAGCUUUCGACCUCAUGCACUACCCGGGUAGACGGCUUGCCGAAUUUUAUCGCGACUCCUCCAAGUCCAGGAACAAA